CCAACGGAUAGGCACAAUGAACCAUGGAAACCUAUUUAUUUCUGCGAUCAUCUGGUCGCUUGCCGGUGGAAGGAGGUCAUCGAAGAAUCCCCAUUGAAAGGGCGAUAGAAACAAAAACCAAAACAAGUGUGGUGUGGAUACGCGAAGUUGAACUCCCAGAACCGGUGUGUAAAAACAUGGACCAUGGCUAUGACAACCUACCACACGUUGGUAGUAGAAUUGAUAGUCGGGUAUGGUAAUCGAAUCAGCAACGAGUGGCAUGGCUUCUGGAAGCUGUUGGAUCGGUGGCAUUGGUUCCACUAUUUGGGAAAGCAAAACGGGCCUUUCGAUGUGGUCCAGCGCAACGUAAAACGGAAACCAGUCCCAUUAAACGGUUCUCCACAGAGCAGAGCCCUGCUGCGUUACAUUAUUGGUGUGCCCGAGCAAACCAGGGGACAACCGAGCGCGAGCGCGGUGCUGGUGGCAUUUAUAUCAAGAGACAGGGCGCACUCGGUGUGAGGUGAACAACUUCUUCCGCAUGUGUUGCACACGUAAGGGAAAUUGUACCGUUUUUUGUUCGCCGUUUCUUGUUGGGAAGAAGCUGCAACGGAUUUUCUGGGUCACGCGGUUAGUCAGC